ACGCUUUCCGGCGUGCUGCUAAAAUUAUUUCAGCAGCACGCCGGAAAGCAUACAGUCGCACGAGUUUCUUAUACACAUACAGCCGUUUUCGCUACAAAUCCACGGGAGACCGGCGACCGCCGCAUGAGCACUAAGCACCACGGAAGAAGUCUGCAGCAGACAAAAUGUAGCGCCCUUUCUUACAAUAUUAAGUUAUGGUCUUUUAUAGUAUAAGCCGUUUUGUUGUAUGCCUAGUUAUUUUAACUGUUAGUUAAAGCAGGCCAGGACAAUAAGGCUUCUUUUUGGUUAUAUAUGACGUCGGGCAAUGGCGGUGUGACUUACCAACACUCAGCCAGAUUACUCUAACGGCACCAUUGAUCGGGUCCUAUCUAACGUUCGUGAUCGCUUUUGAUAGCAUGGACCAACAGGGCUGUUAAUUUGGUACAAUGGCCAGAGACUCGGUCUCCGUAGGCAGAAAUUAGCGCAACACCCCGUCGUCUACGGCAUUCCGGAGCACGCAAAGUCAACUAGGGAACACGGUGCUGGUGCACCGUGCCAACGAGCAAUGGUGGCUGGGAUAUAUGUAGGACAUCGAAGGCGAUAACUUUUUUAUUGGCUUCGAUGCCCGCACAAUCUGCGCCCAGUGGAUCCAUUCUCGGCACGUAUUUCCUCACCACUUCUACUGUCCGGCAACCGAGGACCGCUCUGAUGCCCGUGGCACUACGUGAUGAGGAAGUUGAUCCCCUGGUGUUCCGUCCGGCAACCCUCCUCCACAUUCUGGAUCAUAUACGAGGGGAUGUGCGCUACUGCCAUCCCCACUUAUUCUACAUCGUCAGUGUGGAAUGUCUGGAUAAGCAAAGUGUAGCGGAGCCGAAUGCACAGACCGCGUCCAAUCACCUUGUGCAUUUUACGCAGUUCUCUUGGCGGCCUCCAAGGCCCGGUUACAGUUUCUUCGGUAGAUCGAAUUGGAUUCUGUUCAAAAAACACGUUAUCAGCUUCUCCAAAGCGCAUCUGUUGCGUAAUCAGGAUUUCAUGCCCACAUUCCUGCUUAAAAUGCGGCAGAUAGAAUUUAUACCCUGGUGCAGCGUGUAAUUCCCGUUGUCGAUAUGACCGGGAAGAGAGCUUCGAUGAAGUUUUUUUUCCUUUGCCAAAGGAAACAUGGACCGGAGGUGGAAGAUCAGUUUCGUUUCCCUGUCGGCUGUCGAGUGUUUGUCCGCGCGGAUGUCGACACAGUUAUUCUGAUUUGUGCUGAAGUGCACAAGGAUGCUCUGCGGCAUAAUCGGUACCCUGAGGAACCGGCAGCCAACAAUAUAAUAUUCUGGAAGAUUGAAAAGCCGGGCUCGUUCCCGAAUUUCCGCUUUAACGUUGAGGAGAAUUUGCCGGAGAUUAGAGUGUUGUUAGGCGUCAAAGGCAUUCGUGUACCCCGGGUCAUCGUAAUGAACGGAACCACGUUGGGUCCACCAGCGUGUUCCUCCUUGGUAACCAGCUGCAACGACCCCAGCGAGGAGUUCGAAUGCCACAUGUUGACCGAUUUUUUGUCGGUUUGUGAGGAACUGCUGCUGAUCAAUUACACCGCGUCAGAAGCCAUUGUCGGAUCAUCUUUGAAGAUUCUCUUCAUCUACAUUAACUUCCACGUUCCACCUUUAAUGAAGCGGGAAAGGUUACUAUUACGCAGGGUAUUUGAGGUUGACGCUCCGACAGCAGUGGUCGUUCCGUUCAUGCGCUUCCGCUCCACGGAAACGGCUGCUGAGCAGUGCCGACGCUUUUUAUCCACAGCCAACGACAACUGCCCGGCGAUUACUCAUCGUGUUUUUCAGAAGGUCUCCGCGAUUUAUGCGCGCUGGGUACGAAUGUUGUCCUAUCCGGAACAAUGGACCCGUGUUCACAUCUUCCUGAAAAUGUUCAACAGUUUGAACCUUACUGACAAUCCACAGCGAUGGGAUAGUGUGGAUCCGCGCCAACUGGAUAUUUCCGCCCUGAGCAAGAUGACUUUCGAAGCGUUGGACGGAUGCUUCGAAGAUGAAGAAGACAAAACGAUCUGUUGUUUGCUUUAGGAAAUAUGCCGAAAUAUGAAAUGACUUAUCAGGUUACCAGUCUUUGUGAUUGUGCGCGUUUUGUUCCAUACGAAGAGUUUUUUAUCUUAAUUUUAACAUUUUUUGUAAUAAUGUUAUCGGUUCAGUUAGUGUAUUUAAAAAAUUCUGUAAGUUACAGCUUUUUUAUAUCGCAUAUGCUUUGGUGUACGUAUGCAUUGAACUGUGAAGCGACUGACAGAUUUUGUUUUUUAAAUAUCGGUAUAUGUGUACAUGAAGUAUGA